UGCGGUGACCACGUGACGCACGGAAUCGCUCCGCCGCGGCUUGUUCCUCGGUAGUGUUCGAGUCGUGCCGGAUCGUGCCGUGCCGAGAGGAGUGUGUGGAGAGGCUUCGCAUCGCAUGUGACCAUGUCUUUGGAAAUUGAGUCGGCCGACGUGGUCAGGCUGAUCAUGCAGUACCUGAAGGAAAACAACCUGCACCGCACGCUGGCCACGCUGCAGGAGGAGACCACGGUGUCCCUCAACACGGUGGACAGCAUCGAGAGCUUCGUGGCCGACAUCAACAGUGGACACUGGGACACAGUUCUACAGGCCAUCCAGUCCCUCAAGCUCCCAGACAAGACCCUCAUCGACCUGUACGAGCAGGUAGUGCUGGAGCUGAUCGAGCUGCGUGAACUGGGGGCGGCGCGCUCCCUCCUCCGUCAGACGGACCCCAUGAUCAUGCUGAAACAGACCCAGCCUGAGCGGUACAUCCACCUGGAGAACCUUCUGGCGCGUUCCUACUUUGACCCCCGCGAGGCUUACCCAGAUGGCAGCAGCAAGGAGAAACGGAGGGCAGCCAUUGCACAGGCCCUGGCAGGGGAGGUCAGCGUGGUGCCUCCCUCCCGUCUCAUGGCCCUGCUUGGACAGGCCCUGAAGUGGCAGCAGCACCAGGGUCUCUUACCCCCAGGAAUGACAAUUGACUUGUUCAGGGGCAAGGCUGCCGUGAAGGAUGUGGAGGAGGAGCGCUUCCCCACGCAGCUCAGUCGUCACAUUAAGUUUGGGCAGAAGUCCCAUGUGGAAUGUGCCCGUUUCUCCCCCGAUGGUCAGUACCUGGUUACAGGAUCUGUGGACGGUUUCAUCGAGGUGUGGAACUUCACUACUGGCAAAAUCCGAAAGGAUCUGAAGUACCAGGCACAGGACAACUUCAUGAUGAUGGAUGAUGCUGUGCUGUGCAUGGGCUUCAGCCGGGACACUGAAAUGCUGGCCACAGGGGCGCAGGACGGCAAGAUUAAGGUUUGGAAGAUCCAGAGCGGCCAGUGCCUGCGCAGGUUUGAGCGUGCCCACAGCAAGGGGGUCACCUGCAUCAGCUUCGCCAAGGACAGCAGCCAGCUGCUGAGCGCCUCUUUCGAUCAGACCAUUAGAAUCCAUGGGCUUAAAUCUGGCAAGACGCUGAAGGAGUUCCGUGGCCACUCGUCAUUUGUGAACGAAGCCACUUUCACGCAGGACGGACACUACAUCAUCAGUGCCUCCUCAGAUGGCACAGUCAAGAUUUGGAAUGUGAAAACGACUGAAUGCAGCAACACGUUCAAGUCGCUGGGGACAGCAGCUGGCGUUGACAUCACUGUAAACAACGUGAUCCUACUGCCCAAAAACCCUGAGCACUUUGUGGUGUGUAACCGAUCGAACACCGUGGUCAUCAUGAACAUGCAAGGCCAGAUUGUGAGGAGCUUCAGCUCUGGUAAGAGAGAGGGUGGAGACUUUGUGUGCUGCACCCUGUCUCCUCGAGGAGAGUGGAUCUACUGUGUGGGGGAGGACUUUGUGCUGUACUGCUUCAGCACUGUCACCGGCAAGCUGGAAAGAACACUUACGGUUCAUGAGAAGGAUGUGAUCGGCAUCGCCCACCACCCCCAUCAGAACUUGAUCGCUACCUACAGUGAGGAUGGCCUCCUCAAGCUGUGGAAACCUUAAGCCUGUGGCACAAAGACUUUUCUUGGAUGUGCUAUUGAGCUGGGGGAGCAUGAUCCUGUUUUUUGCCUUUGUGUAUUUUUAUCCAUUUUAAUCUUCUGUUGCAGUUUGGGAUUUGGAUGGGGAGACUGUUUUGCUUAAAGUGGGCCAAUGUCCUUGUCUCCAUGUUUGUCACAAGUGCAUGAUUGUUUUGUGAAGAGAAACUCAAAGGGCUGUACAACAGUCUCUGUGGCUGUUUGUUGUGUUCUGCUGCAUCCCUUACAUUUGUUUUUCUGCCAUCCUUUUCAGGCAUGGUGUCUGUAAUUGGUGUCUUAGUUGUGAACAAGCAUGACUUCAUUAUUAAAUGUGUAUUAAUUUGAUGUGUGUUGUCUCUGUAUUCCUAAAUCACCUUCCCUUAUAGCCAGUGAAUUGUUCCUAUUGAUGUUUGUGUUUUGAAAUGUGCAGUCUUUGUGUAGCCAAAAUGUUGUAUGAAACAUUGUGGAUGCAGCUUAAACUCUUCAGUUGUGUGAAGUGCAUGAUUUAGUUGUGGUUUGGGAUCAGUUUACCUCUUCCAGUGGAGGCAUCAACUGUACAUACAUUCAGGAAUGUUUGUAAAAUAUGCAGAGGCAAACUUGCAAUUAUUUUGUGAUACUCUGUAUACAAGUGGCUGCAUUCUGUGUGGAGUAUCUUAUGUAGGAAGCAGUUAACUGUUCUGUAACUUUGUGUUCUUUUGCUAUUUGUAUCUUGAAGUUCUGCACUAAAAGGCCACUGCAGCAUGCAAGCAUCCUUAGUGUGAUGCUUUAUGAUUCUUCUGGAACAUGUAGAAGUUGAUACCUUGUCAUUCCAUCUUAAAGGAGUAAUCUUUUUCAACCUAGAGAUUAUGGGGUUGUGACUGUGGUAUGAAGAAAAGCUGUGGUCCCAGGGCACCCUGUCUGGCUCUUAUUUCUUAUCCUUUGUAGUUGGCUCAGUUACUGGAAUGGUUAGUUGCAAAAACAAGUUGAAGUGAAAAACUCACUUCAAACAUUAAGAGCUGAUGUGGUAUUCAGUUUAACUGAAAGGGUAAAGAGGCAUAUGUGUUACAUUGUAAACCUCCACUGCUACUUAACUGCAGUGGGUGAAUUGUCAAAUUAGAACAGACCCAGGGGUCCCCUGCACCAGACAGAACCACUGUUUCAAGACAGGGCCACUGAUAAGUUGAAACAGUUGGAUUGACAAUGGUAUCUCUCACAGAUCCAACAGGCCUGCAUGCACUGAGCCUGCCUCUGGCUUGUAAAACACACUGCUUCUUUAUGUACAUCCCUAUAAUCCAGUAUUCUCUAGCAGGAAAUGCAAAUAGUUUGGGAAUUGGGUUUACUCCCCUCAAAGGCAGCUCCAAGGCUGGGUACAGAAUAUGAAAGUCUACCUCACCUUUGCAUUCCCUUAAUAGCUCAAUAAAAAAACCAUACCACAAAUGUGUUUUAAUCAUAGUGCACAGCAUGCAGUUAUACAAUGCCAGUAUCCUACCAUCCAUGAACAAGACAUUGCUUUAAUUAUAAAUAGGUACAAAUAAAAUGGUCCUAAUACAGAGCUACACAAAA